UAAUGGCCUCUGGAAUUGAAUACUUUAACCGUUGCGGACCCAAAUACCUUAGCAAUAUCGACUGGAACAACGCCCACCAUCGAAGGUCUGUAUCAGCCAGCUUGGUUGAAGGUGUUUACAUGCUUGAAGAAGAUCGACAAGCUAGACGUGGAGGCUUUCAAUGUGUUGCGCCACCAUGGUGGGAGUUUUUCAACUUCAAAGUGGUUAAUGCACUCGUUGAUGACAAUGAUAAAAGCAUCUUCGGUGCCACUUUCGAAUAUAAACCUUCAGCUUAUUCGUAUCAUCGUUCGAUGGAUCGAAGCCCUCGAUACUUAAUCGCCUUUCGAGGUACCUUAAUCAAGUUAGAACCGUUUGCAAGAGAUCUUAAGUUGGAUAUCGAUAUAAUUCGAAACGGACUUCAUCAAACUGAUUGUUUUAGGACCACCAUUAAAGUUGUUCUAGGUUUGGUGUCAGUGGUUGGGUCUUCAAAGGUGUGGUUAACCGGUCAUUCCCUAGGUGCAGCCAUGGCAAUGCUUGCUGGAAAAAACAUGGUGAAAAGAGGGAAUUUCUUGGAAGCAUUUUUGUUUAAUCCGCCAUAUGUAUCUCCCCCUGUUGAGAGAAUAAAAAAUAAGAGAGUAAGGCAUUGUUGA